UUGCAUGCCACGAAACGCCUAUAAAACGGCAGAAACAUACGAGAGCCUUUAGUCGACUACUCCUUGUUGUCGAAUCAGCAGCUACAGUGAACAUCAGUUCAACAAGAAACAUGUGUCCAAUUUCCCCUGCGCUGCGCCCGAUGUCGAGGCUGGAGAACCGUACAGCCUUGGUGACAGGAGCUGGAAGCGGCAUCGGACGCUCUGUGUGCGAGGCUCUAGCAGCGGAUGGAGCCCGGGUGGUGGCCGCCGACUGCAACCAAGAUGCUGCCUACGAGACCGUGUCUAGGCUUUGUGGGGGAGCUGGGCUACACCUGGCCUUGCAGGUCGACGUCAGUAGCGAGGCAUCAGUUAAGUCCCUCUUCAGUCGUAUACGAGACUCGCCGGGCCUGCCAGCAGUGAGCAUCGUUGUUUGUAGCGCCGGAGUCAAGAACAUUGACAGCCUCGUCGACACGAAGCCCGACGCCUUCGACCGAGUUAUGUCAGUUAACGCAAAGGGCACGUUCUUGACGGUACAAGCAGCAGCCAGGGAGAUGCUAUCGCGGGGCGUGCGGAACGGUGCCGUGGUGACGGUGUCCAGCAUCGUGGCUCGGACGGGUUUGAGCCGACAGUGCGCCUAUGCAGCGUCUAAGGCAGCCGUCGUGGCCUUCACCAAGACGGCGGCGCUCGAGCUGGCGCCGCACGGCAUCCGCUGCAACGUGGUGCUACCGGGCUUCACCGACACCGCCAUGACAGCCGACGUGAACGACAAGGACCGCGCCCACGUGGCCGCCUGCACGCCCCUCGGCAGGGCAGCCCGACCCGAGGAGAUUGCCAGAACCAUCCGGUUUCUGUGCGACGAGGCGGAGAGCUCAUUCGUUACUGGAGCAGCCCUCGAUGUCACUGGUGGUCUUCACAUGUGACAGCAUUGAAUUGUGGAAUGUUUGGCGAAUGACACUGAAAUAACUCUCGCUACGACGACGUGCACAUUGUAGCACCGCAGGGACAACUGUUUUUGAAAAUGCAGUUGAAAAUGUAGUUUUCAUGUGACUUUAGGCCAAAAACACAGGCUAUGUGCCUUCCAACUAUUGCGUCUAUCGCAGACACAUUUCUACUUAACCACCGCCUUUGGAAGGGGAAACGAUUUCUGCAGCUCUAAUUUCGGGAAAAUUGGGCAGACAGGCCGGUGUUUGAACAAUAGAGUACGCGAGCACCGAAUGACUGUGUGCAGCAAUAUAGGCGGUCACAUGGGUUGCCAUUGUAAAAGAUGCGGGUGCAAGCCAGAACUGGAAAAAACAAAGUUCCUGUGUCUUCCAACUAUAGCGUUUAUCGCAAGCACAUUUCUACUUAACCACCGCAUUUGAAGGGGAAACGAUUUAUGUAGCUCUGAUUUCGGUAAAAUUGACUGGGAUGUCCAAUUUCUUCCUUACACUGGGUAUAGCUUUCUCGUUUCUAGAGUUUUCAUCAACGUCAGUAGCCGUCUGUGAAUGUUGACGCGAAAUCGGGAUUGUUGACUGUGUGUGAGAGUGUGUGUGAGAGAUGUAAACGAGAAGGGAAGGCUAUGAAGCCAACAAGAUGCACGUGCGAUUUGCCACUCUGCGCAGGGGUAAAUGUGUUAAAUACUGAAAGCAGAGAAAUAAAGCAGAGAGAGUGCCAUCAGUACCUACAUCCGGUAACUAUUCAAGUCUGCAGGCUUUCAUUGAGGUCACUCAACUCAGUAACUGAAGAAAUACACGCUUCACUUUGUGAAAUAGUCAUGCAUGUGGCUAGGAUCCUAGGACCUUUGCAGCCAAGAGUCUUCCACUAAUUUCGCUGGCACGUAACGUUAGUUGGGCUAGCUGAUUGAAACUUUUUUUUGUCUCUCAAACUGCCGCCUGUGCAUUCUCGAUCUUUCCCUGAAGCUGCAGCUACCACAAGGCCUCUUCAACUGCGAUGUAGCAUUGCUGUGUGGUGUCGCUCGCGAGUAGUGACUUUCCCGAAGGCUUACUUGUUCGCCAUUAGAACGACUUUAUGCGACAGUUGCGGUUGUGAGGAGUCCGUUGAACGUCUCGUCUGCAUCUUUCCCGCUGCAAUGACCAGAGUCCUCCACCUCGAACCACGUUAGAUCAUCUGGACUCUAUUUCUGUUGUAGCAACCGCAGGUUGUGUCAAGCAACUGAGCUGACUCCCGACAGGUAGAAACUGCGCUGUGAACGUCUUGGGAAACGGUCGAACCGAACAAGAGAGAGACGCAGGAAGGAAUAAAAAGCGGCCGCGAAAUGGGGCAGCAUAGAACUACACCCAGAGUUAUAAUUGCUUUCUUUUAUUUGAAUCAGACUUUCUCAAUUGAACUUUUGGGAUGCCUUGCACUUUAGUAGCCAAAGUCCCAUACUUUAGUCUGUUUUAAUAAACACAGAUCUCCUCGCAGGCCUUGAGGCCACCUCCUCAAAUAAGUCGUUUUUUGCAACUAAUAAAAGCCGUCCCAAACAGUG